AUGGGCUCUGUCGACAGCACGGCGACCCCGCUGGGCGGCGUCCAGCUCGUCGAUCGUUUUAUUGACGAGCCGCGUUCUCUGCGCGUGGCCGUUGUGGGCGGUGGCCUCUCGGGCAUCACCGCGGGCAUUCUCCUGCCGGCCAAGGUGCCCGGCAUCCAGCUCACCAUUUUCGAAAAGAACAACGAGCUGUCUGGGACGUGGCUGACCAACCGCUACCCCGGCGUGCGCUGCGACAUCCCCUCGCACGCUUACCAGUCGACGUUUGCGCCGAACCCGCAGUGGACAGAUGCGUUUUCGUUUGGCGGCGAGAUCCGGGACUACUGGCAGGGUGUCGCCAGACAGCACGGGGUGUAUGACCACGUGCAGCUCGGACGACGUGUCGACGCGGCCGAGUGGUCGCAGGAAGCCGGCGAGUGGACGGUCACUGUCAGCGAUGUGGCCACCGGGGCCACGUACGUCCACACCUUUGACAUUCUCAUCACCGCCGUCGGCAUCUUCGACAACUGGGCGCUGCCCGACUACCCCGGCCUCGCCGACUUCCAGGGCCACCUGCGGCACGCACAGAACUGGGAUGCGUCGUUUGAUCCCGCGGGAAAACGAGUGGCCGUGAUUGGCAACGGCGCCAGCGGGAUCCAGCUGACGACGAACCUGCAAAAGACGGUGGCACGGCUCGACCACUACGUGCGCCACCGGACAUGGAUUGCGUCGUCGUUUGCAGCGAAUGGAGACAAGAAUGACGAGGCGACGGUCACGACGCAAGAGGACGGACAAGGCGCGCCCCGCGAGCCCGGCGACCUGGGGAGCGACAUCUUCCACCACGAGCGCAAGGCCACCCCGCAACCGUACACGGAGAAGCAGCGCGCCGCGCGCGCCGCCGACCCAGAGGCCUACCUGGCGUUCCGCAAGGCGCUGGAGAUCAAGUACUGGCACCGCUUUGGCACCGUCUUCAAGCACGCGCCGGCCAACGACACGCUUCGGGAACAGUUCACGGCCAGCAUGCGGGAGCGCGUGCAGAAGAAGCCGGCACUCCUCCACGACCUCAUCCCCGACUUCUCGCCCAACUGCCGGCGCCUGACCCCCGGGCCGGGCUACCUCGAGGCCCUGGCCGAAGACAACGUCGACUACGUGCGGACGCCGAUCCGGCGGUUCACGGCCACGGGCAUCGAGACGGAGGACGGCGUCGUGCGCGAGGUCGACGCCAUCAUCUGCGCCACGGGGGCCGACGCGUCCAAGUCGGGGCCGGGGCCGGCGCCGCCGUUUCCCAUCACCGUGGCCGGGUCCACCAAAUCGCUGGGCGACGUAUGGACCGCCCACGGGCACCCGCACACGUACCUCGGCACGGCCACGCCCGGGUUUCCCAACCUGUUCUUCGUGCUGGGCCCCCACGCCUCGGGUCCCUCGGGCACGGUCCCCUACUCGGUCGAGACGCAUGUGGCCCACCUCGCCCGGGUCCUGCGCAAGGUCGCGUCCGAGGGCAUCCGCUCCAUAGUGCCCUCGCGCCAGGCCGCCCUCGACUUUGAAGCCUGGGCCACGGCGUUUUUCCAGACGACCGUCUUCUCCGAGCCCUGCCGCUCGUGGUACAACGCCGGCACGCCGGGCGGCUACAUCAGCGGGCUGUGGCCGGGCAGCAUGGCGCAUUUGGCGACGAUCCGGCGGGCGCCGCGGUGGGAGGACUACGAGUACACGUACCUGGGACCAGCGGACGAGACCGGCAGCGUGAACCGAUUUGCCUGGUACUUUGGCAACGGGUGGACCAGGAAGGAGACGGAUCCUGCGGCGGAUCUGGUGUCGUAUCUACACAUUCCGGGGACGGUGCCGUUGAAGGACCUACACGAUGUGGAGUAG